UAAUUUAGCGUGUUCUUGUUGGUGGCACUGUUACUAACGCGUCAAACGUCAUCGCAAAUAUUGAGGUUACAAUUAGGAUAAUAAAUAACGCCCUUGGUUGAUAACUGCCACCAUGUCGAGUUCUAUUGCCGACGAGAACGAGAACACCGAGCGCCUCGACGGCGAGGGAGCCAAGAGCGAGAAAAUGUUCACUUUGAAAAAAUGGAACGCUGUUGCAAUGUGGAGCUGGGACGUGGAAUGCGACACUUGUGCGAUUUGUCGCGUGCAAGUGAUGGACGCGUGUUUGCGGUGCCAAGCUGAGAGCAAAAAAGACUCGUACGGGAAGCAGGAUUGCGUGGUGGUGUGGGGGGAGUGCAACCACUCGUUUCACUAUUGUUGCAUGUCUUUGUGGGUCAAGCAAAAUAAUCGCUGCCCGUUGUGUCAGCAAGAAUGGUCCAUCCAGAGGAUGGGCAAAUAAUGAUUUCGUGUACUUUUCAGGGUUUGCGCUUACAUAAGUGUGACGAAUGCUUUAAAACAUUUUUCGAACGGCACCACCUGAUCAUCCAUUUGAGGAGCCACACUGGGGAGAGGCCUUAUGUAUGCCAGUUUCCCAAUUGUGGCAAGUCUUUCACGGAAAGUCAAAAACUAAAGAGGCAUCAUAAUGCCAAACAUGCCCAAACAUAAUUAAUUGUAUUUCCUUUUAUUAAUAAAAUUGUAAAACAGAA